AUGUUUGAGGAAUAUACGCUUUUCACGCUUCGACCACUCAAUGUUAUCGGUCAGGACGUCAAUUUGGGUUUGCCGGCUGGUAGGGACCAAAGCGCGUGUCCUGGUUUUCCUGGGUUUUCUCGAUUUUUGAUCAAGGCAACGACGAACGUCCUGCAACGUGUGUCUGGCCUGUCUAAAUUCCGACUUUACUCGACACAGACGACAAGGCCGUUUGUUCCCCCUGCUUCCCUCGACCACUUCGAUUACCGCCAACACCAACGCGAAAAACCGCGUCCUACGAGUCCAGCCUUUUAUACCGCUCGUCCCGAAUUCUAUGACCAGCUCUCGUCAUUAGAAUCGGCUCUUCAACAUGCCAAGACUGCGCUCACGUCAUGCCAUCUCCUUCUCCUUCCCAAAUUCGCUCGGGAGGCCCUCCCACCGCGUGUCAAUGCUUGGGUAGACAAGACAAAUGGUAUGGAACAACAGCGAAUUGAUGAACAAGGGAUUGAAGCGGACAAAACUUACAUUUCGCAACUCAACAGUCGCGACUCUGCUAUUCGCGCGUUCCAGGUCGACCGUGAUCAUGUCAGCUUCUGCGAGAUGGGAAAUGAUCUCUUGGUCUGA